AUGAAAACCGUCAAAAAUAUUGGUUUACCAAGAGGACAAAAGCGCAAGACAACAAAAGAAAUUGAUAAUGCAAUUAUCAAUAGAAUUCAUCUUGAUCGAAAAAAAACAUCCAGAUCGAUCCAAAAAGAAAUUGAAGAAGAAUUUGGUGUAUCAGUGUCAAGCAGAUUGGUGCGUCGUCGUCUCAAUGAACAAGGUUAUCGUACUACGGUCGCUAAAAGGAAGCCAUUGGUGACAAAUUUUCAUCGUUUAAAACGUCUUGGUUAUUCUUAUUCAUAUUUAGCAAAAUCAAUCAAAUUCUGGGAUCGUGUACUAUGGUGUGAUGAAGCGAAAUUCGAUUUAUUUGAUUCGAGUGGAAGACAAUUCGUGUGGAGUCGAAGAGGAGAAGAUUUACCAUCAAACUGUAUUGCACCAACUGUACAACAAGGUGGUGGGAAUAUUGUAGUAUGGGGAUGUAUGGAUAAGAAAGGUGUUGGUAAAUUAGUGUUUUUAAAGGAGAAUAUGACUGGAUCAAUUUAUAAAAACAUACUUGAGAAAAAUUUAUAUGCAGCAGCUAAAAAAUUGGGAUUAUCAAAACACUUUGUACUAAUGGAUAACAAUGAUCCUAAACAUCGUUCAAAAAUCGUUGUUGAUUGGCUCCGUUCGAUGAAUAUUGAAAAAUUACCGUGGCCUCCUCAUAGUUCGGAUCUUAGUCCGUUAGAACAUAUUUGGCUCUUCAUCAAACGUGAAUUAUAA